UCUGUUAGUCUCCUCGGCCCCACAGCGUCCCACACACACCGUGUUGACUUGGAAGGGGCGGGGGCGGAGAGCGAGCCCCCCGCUCGGGGCGCGCACGCCUUGAUCUCACAUUCCAGACUCGAGCCGAUGUGUGUCAGCGCGACAUGGGGCGGGGGCAGGGCUCCGUGCGGAUGUUUCAUUCGCCAUCCGCACGUCACUCCCAAACUUUUCCUCUCCGCACUCGGGGAGUCAGGUUGACGCGUCCUGGAUGCGGGGCUCCCGGCGCGGGGCUGAGCGCGCUCCCGCCGAAUCGGAGCUGCAAAGGCUUCGCGGGCAGAUCUCGGGAUUUUCAGGUAAUCUGGCAUUUUGAGUCUACUCGCAGCAAGAGGAAACACUGUGGAGGAAUGCCAGCCUGCGGGACAAUGAGAGGACCAUGACAUCUUCUAAUCUCCCGUGUGGCUCCAUGGUCUCCAGCCAUACCACGUCUACCUUUCUUGGUGCCAUGGGAAAAACCUGAAACAAACACGGAGAGUCACCGUACCUGUGACCACUUCUGUGUGGCAGGAGCUGGUACAGAACAUGACCAUUGGAGAGCACGUCCUCACACUGUCUUUCGGAACGGAACCAAAGAACAUACCUCCUCAUUCUCUAGUGUACUUCUGUUGCUCCUGACUUCUGACCAUCUUCUGUAAUCAUAGGACGCCCUUACAGCUUCCCAGCCGGACUUGCGCACACAGGGACUCCUCCGGGUCUUGCCUAUGGCUCAGUAAGACAGCCGCCCAAGGCCCCUACCAUGAGGCACUGCAUUAAUUCCUGCAUACAGUUGUGCCCCAAAGAUACCUACACACAGCAAAUUGGCUGCCAAGGAGGCCCCCAUCCCAAGCAUCAGGUGUGCCCCACGUGCAAGGGAGAAAACAAAAUUCUGUUCCGUGUAGACAGUAAGCAGAUGAACCUGCUUGCUGUUCUCGAAGUGAGGACGGAGGGGAAUGAGAACUGGCCUGGAUUUUUACGCUUUAAGAAGGGGAAGCGAUGUAGCCUGGUGUUUGGAUUAAUCAUAAUGACGUUAGUGAUGGUUUCUUAUAUCCUUUCUGGGGCUCACCAGGAACUUCUAAUUUCAUCUCCUUUCCACUACGAGGGCUUUCCCAGUAACCCCAGCAUGAUGGACAGUGAGAACCCAAGUGACACGAAAGAGCAUCAUUACCAGCCCUCUAUAAGCAAUAUUUCCUACGCAAAGGACUACCCAAGCAUUAGAGUCAUUAUCCGCAGCAUUACGGCCAGGAUUGAGUUCACCACCAGACAGCUCCCAGACCUGCAGGAUCUCAAGAGGCAGGAGCUGCAUAUGUUCUCCGUAAUCCCGCACAAAUUCCUCCCAAACAGCAGGAGCCCCUGCUGGUACGAGGAGUUCUCGGGCAGGAACACCACCGACCCGUACCUGACCAACUCCUACGUGCUGUACUCGCGGCGCUUCCGCUCCACCUUCGACGCGCUGCGCCGGGCCUUCUGGGGCCACCUGCGGCUGGCGCGCGGGAAGCGCUUCCGCCUGCGCUGCCUGCCGCACUUCUACAUCAUCGGGCAGCCCAAGUGCGGCACCACCGACCUCUACGACCGCCUGCGGCUGCACCCCGACGUGCAGUUCUCGGCCAUCAAGGAGCCGCACUGGUGGACGCGGAAGCGCUUCGGUGAGCUGGGGGCCGCGCCCCCGCCUGUGACUCGUGCGCGCCAGGGCCGGGGCAUCGUCCGCCUGAGGGAUGGACUGCGAGACCGCUACCCUGUGGAAGAUUAUCUGGACCUCUUUGACUUAGCAGCACACCAAAUCCAUCAAGGACUACAGGCCGCCUCUGCAAAGGAGCCGAACAAGAUGAAUAAAAUCAUUAUUGGGGAGGCCAGCGCCUCCACCAUGUGGGACAACAAUGCCUGGACCUUCUUCUAUGACAACAGCACCGACGGCGAGCCGCCCUUCCUGACACAGGACUUCAUCCACGCCUUCCAGCCCGAGGCCAAGCUCAUCGUCAUGCUCCGGGACCCCGUGGAGAGGUUGUACUCAGACUAUCUCUACUUCGCAAGUUCAAAUAAAUCUGCAGAUGACUUCCACGACAAGGUGGCAGAAGCUCUGCAGCUGUUUGAGAACUGCAUGCUGGAUUGCUCCCUGCGCGCCUGCGUCUACAACAACACCCUCAACAAUGCCAUGCCCGUGAGGCUCCAGGUUGGGCUGUAUGCCGUGUACCUUCUGGACUGGCUCACGGUUUUUAAAAAGGAGCAGUUCCUCAUUCUGCGGCUGGAAGACCACGCUUCCAACGUCAAGGACACUAUGCACAAGGUCUUCCAGUUCCUGAACCUGGGGCCCCUGAGUGCAAAGCAAGAAGCUCUGAUGACCAAGAGCCCCGCAUCCAACGCACGGCGUCCUGAGGACCGCAACCUGGGGCCCAUGUGGCCAGUGACACAGAAGAUCCUGAGGGACUUCUAUGGGCCGUUCAAUACCAGACUGGCGCAGGUCCUCAACGAUGAAGCAUUUGCCUGGAAGACACCCUGAGGACUGAGCCCACCCUCCAGGCAUUGGGCUUCCCGACUAUCAUUGUCAUGACUUUAAGUGUCUUGCUGGAGAGCUGUUGACUCACUGUAAAGACGAGCCUGGGGCCCAGCCUCUCCUCCCAAGGCCCCUGUUAACUGUAACCAUUUUGGGUCCCCUGUGAGUUCAGUUCAGCAGCUCUGUACUUGACACCCUGCUGAGCUCCUCCUCCUGAGGCCUUGGGAAAAUGCACUGGGGAGAGAGGUUGGUCUGGUCUGGAGCUGAGCACACUUCACGUGGGAAGAGUUGGCCUCGGAAGGCCACUGCGCAGCCCUGCUGGCCAGCGUUCAGGGGAGCCCAGUGCAGGCUUUGACAACUCCGGGGUCUGAUUAAGCUCCCCAGAGCCGCUCUCCACACGCUGCUUUCGCUGAGCACUUUGUAUAGACUGCUAACUUCAUCAGGGCCCAGAACGGAGUCUCAGUGAAGAAGCAGGUUCUCAUUUGUUUAAAUUCUUACUUCCAAGAAGCCCUGUUCACUUCACUGUUUCCAAGGGGGUUGGUGGGGGGGCGACUUUUGGCAGCACACUGUUCUCUCUGACCUCCUCUGGUUCUGCCCCUUAGGCGCAAUUCAUGUUGAACAGAAAACGACUUCAUUGAAAACAAAUCCAUUCCCUGCAUUUGACUAGCCCUAGUUCUCCUUUCUUCUUCAGUAGAUGUUUUCCCCAAGAAAUUUACUUUAGAUUUGGAAGAGGACUUCUUGCUGUUAAUGCAAGAGCAGAACUGCCUCAAGGAUUUGAAUGCUUUGUGGAAAAUCUGCGUGAAGCCUCGUCACACACGCAGGGGCGCGGGAAAGCGAGAGGAUGUCAGUAUCUUAUUCCGGCCGGAGGUCGUUACGGGCUGCGUCCCGCACGUUCUCUGUUGAGGUUGGUCGACGGUCCUGACUCACUAAGGAUCUUCAAGAUAACAAGCCCACAUGGGCCACAUGUAGUAUGCGUUGACUCGGGAAGAGAUUCCUAGGAGCUGUGCUCUUCAUGGAAUGUUCGAGGCUUCUCGGCAGCUUGGUUUGCAAAGGCUGAGCUGGAGGUCUUGUCGUUGCGUGGAAGUCCCGAGGAGACCCGGGAAGAACGCUUGAGAGCACUGUGGCCACUGGUUCCAGUGCACACGGGACACACGUGCACACGGGACACACGUGCACACGGGACACACCUGCUGCCGCCCGCGUGUGAGGGCGCCUGGGGUUUGAUGACGUGAGGGUGUGCCGCCAGCAGCUGGCUCCUUCUGCCCUAUCUCUGCCAUGGGCGAGGGGACGCUGGGUCCAUUAGAAUGUGUGGAAGGCUCUGGGCGCUGGUAUAGCCUGGGCUGGUUCUGCUGCUGAAGGAGCUGUGUGUCCUGCGCACCCACGUGCGGGGACAACCCCUCACAGCCAGCGCCCAGUGCAGCGGCCGGCGGGGACAUCUGGCCCGAGCACAAGCAUGCUUUGGGGAGGGGGCGCUUCAGCGUGUGUGAGAUUGGGUAUUUAUUCGGAGCACAGAGUGUGUGUGUGCGUGUGAGAGCACUUCCUGAGUGGGUUCCCCUCAGCCCUGCCACGGACCAGGCUUCUCCCUCCACUGUGGACACGAUGCCUUUAUCGAUUAAUUCCUCUGCCAGUUAACUUGUCAUUUCCAGCGGGUAGUUUACGACUCCUUACUGACACUGAUCUCUCUCACGCACUCGGCAUGUGAACAACAUGUAACAUAAUUCUGCUUCUUACAGAAGUAUUACCGAAGGUGUUAUUUCCAAUAUUAUUUGGUCCAUUGUUGAUCUUUUGAUAUACGCAGCCCGCACCCGCUGUGCCACAUCAUGCCAUCCAGGCUGGGUUUUCCAGGGGCCUCUCCGAGAACACCCACAUUGCCUUUGCUCCCAACGGAGGCCCCUCCCGCUGACAGCACAGGUAGCAUUUCGGGUGGUGGCUUUCUAGUCUGUCACCCCAAGCCAAAGUGAAGCGGGCCAUUUCUCACAACCCGGUACUGAAGACACUGUAUUCUGAAAGGCCACGUGCGGGAUUGUAUUAAACUGUUACUCCCUUAGUCCUAUGAGGUAUGCCACGCGAAUCACAUGUAUGCUAUACUUUUAUUCAUAUUUAACAUGAUUAAAGGUGGACCCACACA